AUGAGGGAUGUGAUGACCAUCUCACCUAAAGAAUCAGAUUUGAGUUGUCAUUUUUGCAAGAGUGCUAAAAAUGGAUGAUGCUCGUCUUCCACGCGUCACUCUGUUGUAGUUAUGCUGAGAAUGCUCAAUGCGGCAUUCCAUUGAGAAGAGGUUUAAAGGGGUUGAAUGCCUUCUGCUGAGGCAGGGCAUCUACCGACCACUCUUUACAUGCCCUCUGGUACGGUCUGCUGGCCUUUGUAUCACCCAACAAUGACGGAACCAUAGUACCACUGCCGAGGAAAGAUCAUUGUUCAGCUUGGCCAAUGAGAAUGCAACAAAUAGACAUUUCUGAGUUGUGUUUCUGUGCAAACGUACGUGUAUAGUAAUGCAUGUGCAGCAAUGCAUGUCACACCAAGCUUUAUCGACCACUCUAUGACGAAACAGGACUACGUCACGCAAAGAAAGAGCCAAUCAGACAUUAGGUGCUUGGAUUUAUGCCAGGGUUUUUUAGGCUUGUAAGUACAAGUGCAAAAGCCAACUUUUCAAUUUUUAAAAAAAACGAGAAAGUAAGUUACCGGACACAAAAAUGCCCUACACACCGUCUGGCUUUUUCUGCGACCGGUUGAUCCGGGAACGAGAGCGACGAGACGGGGAAGGGUCUCUCAGCAAGCCUCUUCGUUUCAACAGCCAAGACUUCAACUCCCUGAAGCAGGAGUGCCUUCAGAGGAAAGGUCUGUUUGAGGAUGACACGUUCCCGGCCACCGUGGAGUCUUUGGGUUUCAAAGAGCUCGGACACAAGUCCAACAAGGUCAAGAACAUCAUCUGGAUGAGACCCAAGGAAAUGUGUGAAAAUCCUCAGUUCAUUGUGGGCGGAGCAAGCAGAACGGACAUCUGCCAGGGUGAUCUUGGUGACUGCUGGUUGCUGGCUGCCAUAGCCUGUCUCACUCUGAAUGAGAAGCUGCUCUACAGAGUUGUUCCUCAGGAGCAAUCCUUCUCAGAGGGCUAUGCUGGGAUUUUCCACUUUCAGUUCUGGCGUUAUGGCGACUGGGUUGAUGUUGUCAUUGAUGACCGCAUCCCAACUUUCAACAACCAGCUGGUUUUCACCAAAUCGGCGGAGAGGAACGAGUUUUGGAGCGCCCUGCUGGAGAAGGCCUAUGCCAAGCUGCAUGGAUCUUACGAGUCCCUGAAGGGGGGAAACACAACUGAGGCCAUGGAGGAUUUUACAGGCGGAGUGACUGAGUUUUAUGAGAUGAAAGAAGCACCUAAGGAACUCUACAAGAUCAUGAAGAAAGCUCUGGAGAGAGGCUCCCUCAUGGGCUGUUCCAUUGACUCCCUUGUUCGUCGCUUUGAGACUCGUACCGUGACGGUCGUGAAGGCCACGCUUACUACUGUGACGGCAGUGGAGGAGUGUCGACCGUCUCAGCAAAAAGAGUCUAAAGUGCGCCUGGUGCGUCUCAGAAACCCAUGGGGUCAAACGGAAUGGAACGGCGCAUGGAGUGACAACUCUAAAGAAUGGGCUACGCUGCCUAAGGCUGAAAAGGAGAAGCUGCAGCACCAAAAUGCAGAGGAUGGAGAGUUCUGGAUGUCCUUUGAAGAUUUCAAAAAGAACUACACCAAGAUCGAGAUCUGUAACCUCACCCCUGAUGCCCUGGAGGACGAUAAGAUCCACAAGUGGACGGUUUCGGUGAACGAGGGCCGCUGGGUGAGAGGCUGCUCCGCGGGAGGCUGCAGGAACUACCCUGACACUUUCUGGACGAACCCUCAGUACCGCCUUCGUUUGAUGGAAGAGGAUGAUGAUCUAGAAGAAAAUGAGUCGGGCUGCACUUUUGUGGUAGCGCUGAUGCAGAAGAACAGGCGGAAAGAGCGCAAGAUGGGAGCAAACUUGUUCACUAUAGGAUUUGCCAUUUAUGAGGUGCCAAAGGAGAUGCAGGGGAACAAGCAGCACAUGCAGAAGGACUUCUUUGUGUUCAACUCCUCCAAGGCGCGCUGCAAGUCCUACAUCAACCUGCGGGAGGUGACCCAGCGGUUCCACCUGAACGCCGGGGAGUACGUCAUUGUUCCCUCCACCUACGAGCCACACCAGGAGGGAGAGUUCAUACUGCGAGUGUUCUCCGAAAAGAAGAACACCUCAGAGGAGAUAGAGAACAGGAUCGAGGCCGACCAUCCGGAGCCUGCGCCAGCCUUGUCAGGGGAAGAGAGUGAGGAGGACCAGCAGUUCAGGACCAUCUUUCAGGAGAUAGCCGGCGAUGACAUGGAAAUCACAGCCAAUGAACUGAAAAAUGUUCUCAACAGAGUGAUCGCUAAACAUAAGGACCUGAACACGGAGGGCUUCAGCCUGGAGAGCUGCAGGAGCAUGAUUGCUCUGAUGGACAUGGACGGGACAGGUCGACUCAAUCUCCAGGAGUUCAGGCAUUUGUGGAAUAAAAUCAAGCAGUGGGAGGGAAUCUUUAAACACUAUAAUGCAGACCAGUCUGGCAGCAUCAACAGUUACGAGAUGAGGAACGCUGUCAACGAUGCAGGCUUUCGUCUCAACAACCAACUGUAUGACAUCAUCACCAUGCGCUAUGCCAAUGAGAACAUGAACAUCGACUUUGACAGCUUUGUCAGCUGCCUGGUUCGGCUUGAAGCCAUGUUCAGGGCGUUCCAGGCCUUUGACCAGGAUGGAGAUGGUACAAUCAGACUCAGCGUCCUGGAGUGGCUGCAGCUCACCAUGUACGCUUAGAGAAGGACCUCCGCUGCUCUCCAGGACCAGACCUGCCAGCCUUUACCUCAUUAUUCAGCGGGCCGGAAUCCACCUCCACAGCUUCGACAGUUCUUUCUUUCUCUG